GCUCCUGCUAAGUACAGAAGCAUUUCAUUAGCCACUGCUCUCUCAAAGGCAGCACUUCACUCUAAGUUUUGCUUCUUUUCCCCUCCUUCUGGCAGUGUGUGUGUGCAAGUGCCGCCGGGAAAGAGGCACAAUGCUCCAUUCAGCUCUCCAGUCAAGUACAAGCCAAACACACACACGAGAGAAUUCACAGGAUCCUGGUGACUGCUGAGGAAAGGUGUUUUACAUCCUCUUUCUUUGCUGUAACAGUUACACUCUUUUCAGUUCCCGAUGUUUUCCUGGUGAACAAGCUGGGGGCAACAUCUAGCUGCUUUCCAGAAUGAGGGGCUCCCUGGGCCUUCUCCUGGUGUCAACCCUCUUCUCACUCAGGAGAGUGGCUACCGAGCGCUGCCCGCAAAUCUGCCUUUGUGAUAACAUCAAGCACCAUGUCAUGUGUCUGAACAAGAACCUCACGGAGGUGCCCGUCACCAUCCCACAGAUCACCAAAAAGCUGGAUCUCCGGGGCAACAAUAUAAAAGUCAUCCCUGGGGGAACAUUCCUCCCGAUCCCAUACCUCACUCACUUAAACAUGCAGCGAUGCCAGGUUGAGAGAAUUGAGGAGGGCGCUUUCAGGGGACUUGGGCGGCUGGCCUACCUCAACCUAGCUUCCAACAACAUAGCCUUUAUCUACCAGGAGUCCCUGGAUGGCCUGUCCUCUCUCCAGAAGCUUAUUCUGGAAAAGAAUCGCCUUGAAGAAAUACAGCCGGGGGCUUUCAGCCAACUGGGCUUCCUCAAUUUCCUCAACCUUGGUGAGAACUUCCUCGUCUACCUGCCCGAUAUGGUCUUCCAGGGCCUGCAGGCGAUCAAGUGGCUCCGCUUGUCCCAUAAUGCACUGCAUGUCAUCGCCAAUGAGGCCUUUGCGGGGUUGCCUACCCUGAGGAGGCUGAGCUUGGACCACAAUGAGCUACAGUCCCUGCCCACUGAGGCCUUGUCAAGGCUGUCAGGUACAUCACGGCUGGAUCUGGGACACAACCCCAUCACUUAUGUCAGCGAGGAGGCCAUUGCAAUGGGUGCCCUGAGGGAGCUGUUCUUGGACAACAUGGCCCUACAGGAUGUCUCAUACAAAGCCUUUGUGAAGAGCCCCCACUUGCACACACUUGACCUCCACAACAACCAGCUGCAGGUGCUGCAGCCUCUGACCGACAUGGCCCAUUUGAAGAAAAUCAACUUAACAGGGAACCCUGUGGUUUGCUCUUGCUACAUGCGCCCCUUCAAGGAGUGGAUGGAGAAAGUGAGAGUCCAGGCUGAUGCUAUCUGUGCAGACCCCCGCACCUUCAGGGGAGAGCACCUGGAGUCACUGAGACCUGUCAAUAUGAAAUGUGGUGGCCAUCCCCCAGAAGCAGAGCAGCUCCCCACCUCUACUCCUCCCACAAGGGAGCCAGAGGAAGUUGCCAAGAAGAAAUGCCCAGAAGCCUGUGCCUGCUCGCCUGAUUUCCAGCACAGUAACUGUGACAACAAGGGCCUCCAGAAGAUCCCUAAGGGGUUCCCUGGCAACACCCAGCUCCUGGACCUACGCCGAAAUGAGUUCCACGCCAUACCCAAGGCCUCCUUCCCUGGCUUGAAGAACCUGGUCUCGCUCCACCUGCAAAGCUGCAAGAUUGCGAAGCUGCAGCCUGGUGCCCUUCAGGGCUUAAAGAAGUUGGUCUACCUCUACCUGUCCAACAAUGACAUCUCAGCCAUUGAGGCUGCUGCUUUUGAAGGGGCUCCCCAGCUCGCCUACCUGUACCUGGACCACAACAGGUUCACUCAGGUGCCCAGGGGGACCUUCAGCCGCUUGCCCAACCUCAUUUCCCUGCACUUGCAGCACAACUCCAUCAGCCAGCUGUCAGACAGUGACCUGGCUGGAGCAAAGCAGCUGCGCUGGCUCUACCUCACCGGGAACAGCAUCUCUCAGGUGUCCCCCACAGCCUUGGGCCCCGCCAAGAUGCUGGAGAAGCUGCACCUGGAUGAGAACCUGUUAGAGGAUGUGCCCACAAGAUCCCUCCAGGGUUUGUCUGCCCUUAGGGAGCUGAAGUUGUCCAAGAAUCCCAUCAAGUAUAUUGGGGAUGGAGCCUUCCUCCCAGUGGCAAGGUCCCUGCAGCACCUUUUCCUGGAUGAUAUGGGUCUAGAACAGAUUUCCUCUGGUGCCUUUGCCGGCAUCGGUUCCAAGAUGAAGAGUCUUUACCUGGAGAACAACAAGAUGUACACUGUGCCUGAUUUGCGCAGCUUCACAGGGCUAGAGGUCAUCAACCUGAGGAACAUACCUUUCUCCUGUGACUGUCAGCUCUUCCUGCUGCAUAGGUGGAUUAGCAAACUCAAUUUGCGUGUGGGAGCCACCUGCGGGUCCCCAGCCGAAGUCCGUGGGCAGAAGGUGAAAUUUUCUGCCGCCUUCAAGACCUGCCCAGGCUGGGGAACACAGAAAACCAAACGGGCCCGUCCAGAGAAGGUCAAGGUCAAAGGAGGAAGAAAUCCCAGCAAGAAGCAGAGAGCUGGAAAGGCACAAGACAGAGGCCUCAAAAGGAGCAAAGCCUAAAGAAGACGCAUCGGGCAGAGCAACCUCCAUUGGCAGGCAGUGACUGAGGAGUCAGCUACUAGGAAGCAGCUUAGUGAGAGAGAUGCUUCAAUGGGCUUUUAUCCGUGCAGUGAUAUGUGCAUUGCAAAGGGAAGUGAGAUCCCCUUCCCUGCCCUGCUGAGAUUGGGGCCUGGGUGUUGGGUGGGGUGGGGAGGAAAAGUCUAAAAAAAAAAAGAA